AUGGGUCUGGGAAGACUGUAUACCAUUAUCGAAUGCCUCAAGUAUGCGACGACAGGUGAACUUCCACCCAAUAGCAAGGGAGGCGCGUUUAUCCACGACCCGAAGCUAUGUGGAGAGAAGGAAGUUCUGGCCCAGGUCAAACUGGCGUUCAAAGCUACGUCUGGCGCGAGGAUGGUAGUCACCCGCAGCUUACAACUUACGGUGAAGAAAACGACCCGACAACAAAAGACCUUGGAGGGACAGCUGGUGAUGGUGAAAGAAGGCGAGCGAACGGCCAUCUCGUCCCGAGUCGCCGAAUUAGACCAAAUCAUGCCCCAAUACCUUGGUGUUUCCAAAGCGAUCCUCGAUAAUGUAAUUUUCUGUCAUCAGGAUGAGAGUCUGUGGCCUCUGAGCGAACCAUCAGUACUGAAGAAAAAAUUUGAUGAAAUAUUCGAGGCGCAAAAAUAUACAAAGGCUAUCGAUAAUAUUAAGGCCCUAAGAAAGAAACAAAACGAAGAGCUGGGUAAAUACAAGAUUAUGGAGCAACACGCUAAAGAGGAUAAAGACAAGGCUGACAGGGCAGAGAAAAGGUUGAUGUCACUUCAAGAAAGAAUCGAAGCGCUUCGAGCGGAAACCCAUGACCUAUCUAAGGAAAUGCGGCGAGCUGCGGAGCUGGCAGACAAAGCUUGGAAAGAGUCUGAGAGUUAUGCUGAGGUCCUUGGUGCUUUGGAAGGAAAGCGCAUUGAAGCGAAGAGCAUUCAGACAAGUAUUGAGAAUCUAAAGCAACAUCUUGUUGAAGUUGACGAAUCAGAGGAGUGGCUUGAAUCCACUUUGGAGCAAUUUGGGUCCCGACAGGCAGACUAUCAAAGGCAGGAAGAGGCCCUCAAGGAAAAAUACGUGGACCUAAAAGAGAACAUAGAAACAAACCGGCGUCGAUUGGGACUCAAGCAAGCUGAAUACGGAAAGCAUGAAAAUGAUAAAGCUCAGUUCGAGAGGCAGGUUGAAAGGCGCGGCAAGCUGAUCAGGGAUAUCGCCCGUCAAAAUAAUCUCCGUGGCUUUGAGGGCGAUCUCGACGAGAUGGAAAUCAAUGAGUUUAUGCUGCGGAUCCAGAAACUUUACAAGGACCGAAACCAAGCACUGGAAAGAGCAAAGCGAGAGGCACAGGCGGAACUGCGGGAAGCCCAGAGCCUGCUAAACCAACUGAGUCAACGAAAGUCGACUCUUCAAGAGGUAAAGAAUGCGGCCAGGAAACAGAUCUCACAGAAUGACAAGGAAGCGGAUUCAUACCAGCGACGUCUCAACGAAAUCGAUAUAGAUGAAGGCAAAAUGGCGAUUCUGCAGUCACGAAUAGAAGAAACCGAAAGCCGUUUGAACCAAGCAAAAGACAAGGCCAAAAUUGCUUCAUGGGACAAGGAUCUCCAUACUAAAAAUAUGGAACUCCGUUCAUUAGAAGAAGAGAGUGCUUCGUUAAAUGCAGAAUUGAUUGAGGGGACCAAAAGAGUGGGUGAUCUUGCGCGGCUUGAUCACCUUAAAAAGGAGCUCAAGGAUCGGGAGCGUAGCUUGGAAACGAUGACAAGCGCCCACGGUGACAGGGUAUCCCAGCUUGUGAGCAAAACCUGGAACCCUUCAAAUAUCGAACAAGAAUACCAAUCGGUUCUAAACGUUGCCUCAACAUCACUAACCAAGACUGAGCGAGAUAGAGAUGGAGCUAGCAGAGAGCUCGAGUACGUUGAAGUAACGUUAAAAACCGCACGCAGAUCCCUUCAGCAACACAAACAAGAAUUGGAUCAUUGCGUUGAGAGGAUUCGGGAAGCUACCGAUGAAGAGCCUGCGGAAUAUCCUGAUGUUGUUAAGCAGAGACAAACGCAGCUUGAGAUGGCGAAAAAAGAUAUGGACCAAUAUGCGGGUCUGGGAGAGUAUCUGAGCAAGUGUCUUGAAGCGGCGAAGCAGAAAAAAGUUUGUCGAACUUGUAGUCGGCCAUUCAAAACGGACAAGGAAUUCCAGGAGUUCAAAGUCAAACUUGAGUCAUUGGUUAAAAAGGCGACUAUGAAUGCCGAUGAUGAGGAGGUUCAGCAUCUGGAAGAAAAUCUGGAAUUUGCAAGAAACGCGCAGACGUAUUAUGACUCCUGGGUACGUAUCUCUAAUACAACUAUCCCGGAGACGGACAAGGAGAUAGCCCGGCUGGAAUCAGAGCGAGAGGAAUUACUGGCAAAAGUAGAAGAUUACGACAGAAUUGUGAGUGAAAAGGGUGAAUCGAAAAGAGAUAUUGAGUCGUUGGCCAAAACAGUUGCCACGAUUGCUAAAUAUGAAAGCGAAAUUAAAACCCUCAGAAGUCAGAUCCAGGAGCUUUCUGCGAAGCAGCAAGAUUCUGGCGACUCACGGACUCUAGAAGAUAUCCAGGACAUGCUUGCGACGGUUGGAGAGGAAAGUCGCGAGUUAAGGCGGACCAUAACGAAAAUAACAAACGAGAAAGAUCAAUCGAGGGCAGAAAUCACGGAAUUAGAGCUCCAGCUUCGCGAUGUUCGCAGCGAACUCGAUAAUGCCAAAUUCCAACUGGAUAAAAAGGCAUCAAUUGAGACUCGAUUGGAAGAGUAUCGCAAUCUUAAUGCAAAACAGCGUGAAAGCAUCGAGAAAGCAGAUCAGGAUAUCGAGAACCUUGCUCCCGAGGUGUCCAAAGCUCAGGCCAAAUACGAAGAUAUUAGCUCCCGUAGCGAACAAAAGGAGAGAGAACUUCAGCAAGAUGUUGCAAGCCUGAGCGACAGUUUGCAUCAACUUGAGCUUGCAAAUGAGGAUAUCGUUUCCUAUAACGACAGGGGCGGCCCACGCCAGUUGGAGAGAAGCAAACGUGAGCUAGAAAAUAUCACAACAGAAAUCGAGCAAUUGGAAUCAGAACAGGGGUCCAUCACGCGGCAGCUCAAUGCCGUUUCAGCUCGAUUGAAGGACAGCGAGAAUACGAAGCGCCAAUAUUCAGAUAACCUUCGUUAUCGACGUGAAAUGAGAGUGUUAGGAGAAGUGAAGGCUGAAAUCGAAAGAUUAGAGGCGCAAAAUGCCGAGGUCGAUCGAGCUCGGUUUAGACAAGAAUCCGCGCGGCGUACGGAAGAAUAUAAUCACUUCUCGGCGCAUCAGGCAAGCAAAAUGGGAGAAAUGAAGGCAAAAGAUAAUGAACUUAUGCAGUUACUAGCCGACUGGAAUACUGACUAUAAAGAUGCAGCAUUCAAAUUCAAGGAAACCCAUAUCAAGGUGGAAACGACCAAAGCAGCCGUUGACGACCUCGGAAGAUAUGGCGGUGCGCUGGACAAAGCAAUUAUGAAAUACCACAGCCUAAAGAUGGAGGAGAUUAACCGCAUCAUCGAGGAACUCUGGCAGCGGACGUACAGGGGUACAGAUGUUGACACGAUUUUGAUUCGCUCCGACAAUGAGAACGCAAAGGGGAACCGCUCAUAUAACUAUCGCGUUGUCAUGGUCAAACAAGAUGCGGAAAUGGACAUGCGUGGCCGCUGCAGCGCGGGACAAAAGGUCCUAGCAAGCAUCAUCAUCCGCCUGGCGCUCGCGGAAUGUUUUGGAGUAAACUGCGGUCUGAUUGCAUUGGACGAACCAACCACGAAUCUCGAUCGGGACAAUAUCAGAUCUCUGGCGGAGUCACUGCAUGAUAUCAUUCGGGCCAGACAGCAGCAGGCGAAUUUCCAGCUUAUUGUCAUCACUCACGACGAAGAGUUCCUGCGACAUAUGCAUUGUGGUGACUUUAGUGAUUACUACUAUAGAGUGUCGAGGAGCGAUAGACAGAAAUCGAUUAUUGAGAGGCAGUCGAUUGCUGAGGUUAUGUAA